CUCAAAACAAAAGACGCCAAAAAGCUUGUCUUCUUCAGCUUGAUCCGGCGACCUGUACAACCUAUUGGUAGGACUUGCAAUGGCCCCCAAGCCAACAAAAGAGGAAAGUGCCCUUUGUCUCCUUUGUUAUUCAAAUGUUGCAGAUCCCAUGCCCUCCUCAGCCGACCAUCUAAGAUAAUUCUCCGGGCUCGGGUCGAACCCCCUUCGAAGGCACUCAGCCUUUCUUCUCCUCGGCCGGAGAGGGGCCUGCCUCCGGUGCAACUUAAAUAGUCCAUCCAACUCUCCCAACAUCUUUCAUACCCACUUUCAAGCCUCACCCCCUCUCCUCGAUCACUCAACACCCUUCUAUCACAUUUCCUUGUCCACUACCUACUACCAAUGGACUCCUGCAUCCACCCCUUGAGUGUUAUUCCUUUCUCAGACAUACCCCUUCCCCCACCUCCUGCAGAAGCCAUCAGUCUCACCCCAGAUUCGCUAUGGAGCUGGUUCCUAUUUUCACUUGGCUGGCACGAGCCAGCUCUUCCAAAGGCGGUCAUCCGAAACGUCCGAAAACGAUUCGAAUCGAUUCCGUUAGCGCUUCGAUGUCGGCUCAUCAGACGCGACCUCCUCCCGCAUCGAGUCCAUCCACCUGACUCAUUCCGAGCCGAUGAAUUGUCGGUCAGCAUCCUCUACCGAAUCACAGCGGCCAUCCGACAGUUAGCCGUCCGAAGCGCCCAUCGACUCUAUCGAAAUCCGGCCCACAACCCGGUGGAUAGCUAUGCCGAUGAACAUCAGCUAUGGCUACCCGAAGCCGAGCUCAAUUGGCUCAGGAUGCGCGAAGGAAUGCGGGAGGCGGCGGAAGGGAAAUGCAUCGAUUUCCCAAUCUCGAUGCGCUUCAUGCUAUGUCAUCCGCAACGGCCGACUGAUCCUGCUCAAGGACGGUUUGGUCAGAUGCGAAUCAUGACCCUGGAUUCCCGAGCAAAUCUUGACGGUCGACUGGAUGAUGAAGAUUAUAUGAAUGGCAGUGACCCGCAGUACGACGGCUUCUGGCCACUACAGUUUCACCCCCCUUCUCAUAACUUCCAGAAUAGUAUGAGCUCAACUAUCAGCUUCAGUCGCAGUCGCAACGGACUCGGCAUCAAGCUCCCCGACUCCCUCGGAAGACUGGGUCGCUCUUGGAUCGAGAACGCGAUCUGGGGGCCCAAGAAUCGCGUCUUGUUUCAAAAGGAAUGUGCUGACAAGGACGUGGGCAUCCUCCUUUGGCCAUCGUUUCCGGAGGACCGUCAUCCGACCCCACGAAUACCGGUAUACUUCGAUGACGUAGUAGAGUUGGUGGAUGGCGACCGACUGCUGAUCUUCGUAGGGCCUAAGAGGGGACUUGAUGAUGCUGUGGUCCAGAUUGACAUCGAAUGUAACUGGGCUAGCCAAACGGAUAUCAGGUGUGAAUACGCCGACAAAAAAUAUGUAUAUCCUAACCCUUGCGAGCGAUAUCCCUUUUGUGUUCAACGGCCAAUCAACAGGCCAACCACGACAUUCGACCCGUUGCCUCUUCAGGAAUUCGUUCGACCACAGUCCGAGUUCACGGCCACACCAGCCGUAGACGAAGCAUGGCGUCAGCCCAUCAAGCCCCGGAGAAGUGCCACGAGGGCGACUCAGUCUCAGCCUAAGCCGCGAACCGAAGCAGGUUCGACAAUAGUGACUGUCGAGGUCCUUGAGACAUUAGAGUAUGUCGAAGAGUCAGCAGUGGAGGACGGGUCUGUAAUAAUGGACCCAGUCGCAGGAAGUUCAUCGGCGCUUGGCUCAAAGACAACGAAGCGGAAGCGGGGCGACUCAUUAUUAACCCACUCCAGUCGAUCCGAAGACUCGGAUGAAGAAUCUCGUGCGUCGAACAAGCCCCGGAGAAGCGCUCCGAGGGCGACUGAGUCACAGCGGCGAGCCGAGGAAGACGCGUCCUCAGUCAAGAUCGAGAUCCUCGAGACAUUGGAGUACGUCGAACCAAAUGUCGGAGGAGGAAGGGUCCCGAUGGCGGAUAUCACCGCCGACCCCCCUGCAGUCGACCCCACCGUCGGAACCCCUUCGCCCCGCGCCUCAAGGACUUCGAAGCGCAAACGCAACGAGCCGCCCCAAUCUAGUCCUUCUGAGCAUUCUAAGCGGACCCGGCGUGGCGAAAAUACCCAAGAAUGAAGACAUCCUUCACUGCAAGCUCUUGGUCCCUUUCCAUGUACUCUAGUGGAUGUGUUUGUAUAUCUCAUAUAUGUAUCUUCUUGAUCGUUGUUUUUUUUUUCAACAUCUUCUUCACAAUAACCUCUCCUACUUCGCAUACAUUAUCCAAAAUUCCUUGUUUGAAUCUCUUUUCUUUGUUUUUCUAGGCUUGUAGUAGCACUCUAUAUUCCAUCUCGUUAUUCAUUCUUGUAAAACUGCUUUUCUAUCUUGUAUUUAACUCCUUGCGUAAUUUCUCUGGCUUCAUCCCAACCAAAAAAGAGGUAAAAAAAUCUGAUGCAAAAUGUUUGUAGCUGCUCGUUCUUGUAUCCACAAACACAUCUACACACAUAUAUUGAUGUAUUUAUAUCUUCUUGCGUAUGACUUGUGGACUUUUUUCUUUCUUCCCUUUCUGUGUUUCUUUCUUGAAUUUUUGGGUUUUUCUGGUCUUGUUCGAUGCUUUCUAAUGUAUAUAAGUUCAGACAUAUAUAUAUCUUCAACUCAUUACUUAUCGCCGGGACUUGUAAUUGGUUGUUUGUUGUUGAGAAAAAGGAGACGGAAAAUGGAAAGCAGGAAAACAAAGACAUUGUUUGUUGUGAAGGAAAAAACGACACAGUUGUGUCAAA